AUGAAUUAGUGCAGAAUUUAACACCAUGAUUGUCAAAGAAUUAAAUACAUCUGCUUAGACAAAAAAUGUAAUCACGAAUAAAAGAUAGGUAUUUCAAAUAUCUUAAAAUAGGGUGUGCUGAUUGUUUUUUAGAAUUUCAUGUGCCAAAUGAUUUUAUUUCUCAUCAAAGGAAAUUAAUAUCAGAGUUUGAAAAUCAAUUGAAAGGGAAAAUUGAAAAUUUGACAUCUAUAUCAAUUUAACCAAUCUGCAAUAAUUCAGAAGAAUUAAAUCAAUAAUUUGAUAUUUGCAUGAAUAUUUUAAUUUAGAAAUUAACAGAUUAUAAAGAAUAAAUUAAGGAAGAGAUUAUCAAUGAAAAAUUGGAUUUUAUAACUUAUGUUAAUGAAUUCAAUUAAAAAGUCGAUAAGAAGAUUGAUUUCUAAAAUUAAUAAAUAUCACAAUUAUCUACUAUUGAAAUUAAUAAAUCAAUUUCCUUUUAUUAGAAUUCAAAUUAUAUUGUUCUUAAUUUAAAAAAACAGUUAUAAGAUUUGGAAAAGCAUAAAACAAAAUUAAAUAAAAAAAAAUAAAAAUUAGUCUAAAAGUUAAGAAAUACUUUUGAAUAAAUCUUGAAAGAGUUUUAAGAUCAUAAUAAUAAUAAUAAUAUUACAAGUACACCUGAAAAAUAAAUAUUUCCCUCUUAACUUAGCAGUACUACACAGUCUACCCCAACUAAGAACGUUAUUGAUGUUGUUCAAUCAAAAAAAUAAAGAAAAGUUAAGAGUUGA